AUGAAGGGGGUGAGCAUGUUGACGAUGGCGCGCGCGGCAUGGGCGGCGGUGCGGCACGCGGUGGUGGUGCCGCUGCUGCAGCUGGCCGUGUACCUCUGCGCCGCCAUGUCCCUCAUGCUCUUCGCCGAGCGCCUCUACAUGGGGCUCGUCGUCGCGGCGCUAUGGCUCCGCCGCCGGCGCCGUCAGCGCCGCAACCCUGGCAGGAACAAGGGGGGCGACGACGACGUCGGCGACCUGGAGUCCGGCGCCGCAGAGGACCUGCCCGUGGUCCUGGUCCAGAUCCCCAUGUUCAACGAGAAGCAGGUGUACCGCCUGUCCAUCGGCGCGGCGUGCGGGCUGUGGUGGCCGGCGGACAAGCUGGUGAUCCAGGUGCUGGACGACUCGACGGACGCCGGCAUCCGGGCGAUGGUGGAGGCGGAGUGCCGGCGGUGGGCGGGCAAGGGGGUGCACAUCCGGUACGAGAACCGCAGCAACCGGAGUGGCUACAAGGCGGGCGCCAUGCGGGAGGGCCUCAAGAAGGGGUACGCCAAGGACUGCGAGCUGGUGGCCGUGUUCGACGCCGACUUCCAGCCCGACGCCGACUUCCUGCGGCGCACGGUGCCGGUCCUCCAGGCCGACCCGGCGGUGGCGCUGGUGCAGGCGCGGUGGCGGUUCGUGAACGCGGACGAGUGCAUCCUGACCCGCAUCCAGGAGAUGUCGCUGGACUACCACUUCUCGGUGGAGCAGGAGGUGGGGUCGGCCUGCCACGGCUUCUUCGGCUUCAACGGCACGGCGGGGGUGUGGCGCGUGCAGGCGCUGGCGGACGCGGGGGGCUGGAAGGACCGCACCACCGUGGAGGACAUGGACCUCGCCGUGAGGGCGUCGAUGCGGGGCUGGAGGUUCGUCUACGCCGGCGACGUGCAGGUGCGCAACGAGCUGCCCAGCAGCUUCAAGGCGUACCGGUACCAGCAGCACCGGUGGUCGUGCGGGCCGGCGAACCUGAUGCGCAAGAUGUUCUGGGAGAUCGUGGCGAGCCGGCAGGUGUCGGCGUGGAAGAAGGUGCACGUGCUCUACGGCUUCUUCUUCGUGAGGAAGGUGGUGGCGCACCUCGUCACCUUCCUCUUCUACUGCGUCGUCAUCCCGGCCUACGUGCUCGUCGGCGGCCAGGACGUGCGCCUGCCCAAGUACGUGGCCAUGUACGUGCCCGCCAUCAUCACCCUGCUCAACGCCGUCUGCACCCCGAGGUCCUGGCACCUGCUCGUCUUCUGGAUCCUCUUCGAGAACGUCAUGUCCAUGCACCGCUCCAAGGCCACCAUCAUCGGGCUCGUCGAGGCCAGCCGCGCAAACGAGUGGGUCGUCACGGAGAAGCUCGGCUCGGUGACCUCCACCCCUGCCGCGACGACCACCAUGGCCACCAACAAGGGGGCAAUGAAGAAGAAGAAGAGCCAGAGCAGCAUCCUGGCGCCCGAGAUCGUCAUGGGGCUAUGCCUGCUCUACUGCGCCGUCUACGACAUCUUCUUCGGCCACGAUCACUUCUAUGUCUACCUCCUCAUGCAGUCCGCCGCCGCCUUCGUCAUCGGAUUCGGCUACGUCGGCUCCCAAUGA